CGCAACUGCUGUGUCAUGGAGUGUCACCGAUUCUAAUGAUGAUUAGUUUGACUGAGCUGCAAAGAAGCGCACAGCUUGUAUGAGAACCGGAGACAUUCUGCUAGUUAAGAUCAUCAUUUGUGGUCUGGAGAGCAAAUAAAGUAACAAUGGAGUCGACCCAGUGGUGUGAAGAAAUCACUGAGAUGGUGUGUUCAGAGUCAGAUCUGCAGGAUGGACAAAUGAAGGAGGUUGAGGUGGGUUGCCAGAAAAUCUUGGUGGUGCGAAAUAAAGGAGAAUUUACUGCUGUGGGUGGUCUGUGCACUCAUUAUGGUGCCCCACUUAUCAAAGGUACAUUGCUUGGAGAUCGAGUCCGGUGCCCUUUUCAUGGGGCGUGUUUUAAUACAAAAACGGGAGAUAUUGAAGAAUUCCCUGGACUGGACUCUUUGCCCGUGUACAAGGUCAAAGUUGAGGAUGGUAAAGUUUACGUGACUGCUAAUAAACAGAAACUGAACAAGCGAGUUAAGAAAAUGUGCGGUAGAGUGCUUGCAGUCAGUUACACUGUUGUUCUGAUUGGAGGAGGCCCAGCUUCCUUGCAAUGUGCAGAAACCCUUCGUCAGAAUGACUAUGGAGGGAGAAUUAUAAUGGUUACCAAAGAUGAGCAGCUGCCUCUGGAUAAGACCAAGCUUAGCAAGGCCAUGAAUAUUGAAAUUGAUAAAAUACUGCUGCGGCAGAGUGACUUCCUUCAACAGUAUGGAAUCGAAGUGUGGACUAAAAAAGAGGUGAUGUCUGUUGACACAGAUGCCAAAACAGUUACUUUUAAGGAUGGGACAAUCCAACACUAUGACCAGCUUUUGAUCUCUUCAGGUGGCAGAGCCAGACCACUGCAGUGUCCUGGUGCUGAGCUACAAAAUGUGAAAUUGCUGCAGAACUAUAAUGAUGCCACUGAAAUUCACAAAAUGAGCGCUGGCAACAGGGCAAUAAUCAUCGGAACUUCAUUCAUAGGAAUGGAGGUGGCAGCUUAUCUGUCUGACAAGGCAGCCAAUGUCACGAUUAUUGGCAACAGUAAGUUUCCUUAUCAGGCAUCACUGGGUCCAGAUAUUGGAAAAAUGACUAUGCAGAUGUUGGAGGAGAAAAAUGUGAAGUUCUACAUGAAUAACGGUGUGAAUGAAAUCCGAGGUCAAAAUGGAAAGGUCAAGGAAGUUGUUUUGAAACAUGGUGAAGUCCUACCAGCGGAUAUUGUAAUUGUGGGCAUUGGUGUCAUCCCAAACUCUGAUUUCCUUAAGAAAACAUUGGUGGAAAUUGAUUCACGAAAUGCUGUUGUCGUUGACAAGUUCAUGAGAACCAACAUUACCGAUGUCUUUGCUGCUGGAGAUGUGGUCUCCUUUCCACUUCCUCUAGUAGGACAUAAGAGGGUCAAUAUUGGACACUGGCAGUUGGCACAAGCUCAUGGAAGAAUUGCUGGCUUAAGCAUGCUGAAACAACAGGCUGCGAUAAAUACUGUACCAUACUUCUGGACCAUGCUGUUGGGGAAAAGUAUCCGAUAUACAGGCUAUGGAGAGGGAUACAAUGAGAUUGUUUUCAAAGGAAGUACUGAGGAGAGAAAGUUUUUGGCAUUUUAUAUAAAAGGUGAAGAAGUUGUUGCAGCUGCCAGCUUGAACUUUGAUCCUGCUGUCUCAAAGUUGGCAGAAAUGUUAAUGAUGGGGAAGAGGAUCUCUAAGGCUCAGGCGCAAUCUGACGACCUCAGCUGGUUGCAGCUCCCUUGAAGGUGUCUUUGUAACAUUUGCCAUAAUUUAAUUUGAAUGCCUUACCUAUAGCUUAUCUUUAGUAACAGCUUGGUACUGUCUCAUCAAACCUAUUUCUUUUUAUGUGAACUUCUUUGCUUCCUUCUUUGUUUUGAAAGAAGUAGAUGUUUUGAGUGUAAUUGUUCUAAGAAACAGCUGAAGACCAGCUUAAGCUUAAUAAUUAAUUGCUUUUGCUUUUAAUGUUAUGCAUUACUGUGCAAAAGUUUUAGGCACUUGGGGAAAAAGUUGCAUAAUGAGGAUGUCUUCAAAAAUAAUGCCAAAAAUUGUUUUCAUUCAUCACUUAAUGCCAUACAAAGUCCAGUAAACAUUAAAAAAAGCGAAAUCACCAAAUAUUGAAUAUGUGGCCACCUUUCCCUUUAAAACAGCCCCAAUUCUCCUAGGUACACCUGGACACAGUGUUUCUUGGUUGUUGGCUGAUAGGAUGUCCCAAGCUUCUUGGAGAAUUCGCCACAGUUCUUCUAUUUAGGCUCAAUUGCUUCAGUCUCUAUAUGUAAUCUCAGACUGACAUGAUGUUCAGUGGGGGCUCUGUGGGGACCAUGACAUCUGUUGCAGAGCUCCCUGUUCUACUAUUCUUAUCUUUUCUAUUUGCAAAAGUAAUGUUUGGGAGUUUAACAUUUAUACUUCCUAUUGAAAUACUAAAGCUGAAGAGAUAAUUAACCAUCUUAAGACAAAUGUUUUUGUGAAGUAUCUUAUGUGCCUAAGACUUUUGCACAGUACUGUAUAUCCAAGGCUUGUUAUUGUUAUUGUUGUUGAUUUGAUGUUGUGCUGUGUAACAAGUAAUAGGACAAAAUGACAAAAAUCCCUCCUGAAAGCUUAUCUUUUGGACCUAAGACUGUUGCAUAAUUACUUAUAUGUGCAUUACUGCAAUACACACACAAUACACACACUUUUUUUUUUUUUUUUUUUUGUAUACACACAUUAUUUUUGUAUUACAUCUGCU